AUAUAAGAUCAGGGCCACUUGAUCAACUUCGUCGACUCAUGCCUGGAAAGCAGCAAUAACCCGUUUCACCAGUGAGGAUGUUGGCAGGUCGAGAAGGGAACUAUUCGGGAAGAGGAAGAUUCUCAUCCGCAGAUUGUUGUCACAUGCUUAGCAGUUAUUUUCCUGUAAAUGGUCCUUGGCUUGUGGACCAAACGACCAGCCGAGCCUAUGUUUCUCAAUUUUCAGCUGAUGGUUCUCUGUUUGUUGCUGGAUUUCAGGGAAGCAAUAUUAGAAUAAACGACGUAGAUAGAGGCUGGAAAGUUCAGAAGAACAUUCUUGCUAGGAGUUUGCGUUGGACGGUUACUGACACAUCCCUUUCUCCAGAUCAGCGCCAUCUUGUUUAUACCAGCAUGUCACCUAUAGUUCAUAUUGUUAAUGUCGGGUCUGCCACCACAGAAUCCCUUGCAAAUGUCACGGAGAUCCAUGAAGGAUUGGACUUUGUUUCUCAUGACUAUAGAGGGUAUUCUUUCGGAUUAUUCUCUGUGAAAUUUUCAACCGAUGGACGAGAACUUGUAGCUGGAAGCAGUGACAACUCAAUAUAUGUUUAUGAUCUCGAUUCAAACAAGCUUUCCCUUCGAAUUGCGGCACACACUGCUGAUGUUAACACAGUAACCUUUGCCGAUGAAGGUGGUAAUUUGAUAUAUUCGGGGAGUGACGAUAAUCUCUGCAAGGUGUGGGAUAGACGUUGCUUCAUUGCAAAAGAUAAGCCAGCAGGAGUCUUGAUGGGACAUCUAGAAGGUAUUACAUUUAUCGACAGUCGUGGAGAUGAUCGUUAUUUCAUAUCAAAUGGUAAAGAUCAGACUAUAAAGCUUUGGGAUAUCAGAAAAAUGUCCUCCAAUACCUCCUGCAAUUUAGGGUUAGGAAUUACGAAUGGGAUUACAGAUGGAUGGACUACCCACCACAGGCCAGAGAUUUUAAACACCCGUGUGACCAGUCUGUGGCUACUUAUAAGGGUCACUCGGUCUUGCGGACUCUUAUUCGCUGUUAUUUUUCCCCCGAACAGAGGUGAGUGCUCUUAUUUGCUGUUUCUUGAUAUAUUAGUCAAAUUAGCAAGAUAUUUUCCUUCAUCUAACUCUGUCUGUGUUGAAAAUUGUGGUCGACUACAGCGAUGGGUCCGAGUAAAAAGACAGAAGGAAAGCAUAAGAUGGAACCGUAGUGAAAUGCUAGCUGUUUUGGUUUGUUGGGUUCAUGGUGUAAGGCUGUAUGCCCCUCAAUUUCUUGAGGGUGUCCUUAGGAAACAAACAAUGAGGGGUGGGGCUUGCAUUCCGUGCAUGGAAACUUCUGCAGAGAAACGGCUAAAUCUCGGUGCUUCACCCACUAAUGUCAAUUCCUCCCGGCUUCUAGGCCCAUUUAAGCUUGGCUCAUUCACAUUCACAUAUACUUUACUUUGGAUCGUAUUCAUUAUCCAUCGACUUUCUAUUUAA